CCGGGACAAUAGCCUCGCCGGGAAUAUCCCGGAAAGAGUUAAAUUCACGAACAUUCAGAGCGUGCCCUUAGUAUGAUUAUUAUGAAAAACGAGAGGGAAAGUAACUUAUUUUUCUGUUCGUAAUAGAUUUGAGUGAAAUUUGGAGAAAUUUGAAAGAUUUCGAAAAUGUCUAUGCGACCUGAUGAUCAUAGGAGAAAAUGGAACAGGGAGGAGUACGAAAGAAUAGCACUUCAGCGUCUUCAGGAUGAGAUUGCUGAGGAAGAGUUAGGAAUCCCAAAACAACCAGCAGUGAAAAGAGAAUUGCUUAAACAACGAGAUUACAAAGUAGAUCUUGAAUCUAAAUUAGGGAAAAGUGUAGUUAUUAACAAAAAUACUCCAUCAUCACAAACUGGAGGGUAUUAUUGCAAUGUUUGUGAUUGCGUUGUCAAGGAUUCAAUUAAUUUCUUAGAUCACAUUAAUGGCACAAAACAUCAGCGUAAUUUAGGCAUGUCAAUGAAAAUAGAAAGAUCUACAUUAGAACAGGUUAAAGCACGGUUUGCAAUGAAUAAAAAGAAAUUAGAAGAAAAAAAGAAAGAUUAUGAUUUAGAACAGAGAGUAAAAGAAUUAAAGGAAGAGGAGGAGAAAAUUAAGGAGUACAGAAAAGAGAAAAGGAAAGACAAGAAAAGAAAAAUUGAAGAAAUCAAUGAAGAUAAUAGUGGACCUUCAGAUGAAAUGGCAGCAAUAAUGGGUUUCUCAGGCUUUGGAUCUAAGAAAAAGUGACAUUGAAACGCUAUUGGUUGAUUUGACAAAGCAAUGAAGAUAUAUGCUUCAUUCUUUUUCUUCAAGAUCGUCUUCUUUGAUACAUCUCAAGAAGAGACUAUGAUGUUAUUAAUUUUUUAAGAAAUAUUUUGUUUAAGAAUUAACAUUGAACACUACAAGAUCAGGGAUAAAUAAGACUGAUCUUAAUAUAAAAAUUUAUCUUUGAUAUCAAUAUUUAAGUUUGAACAUAAUUUAAUUUAUUCCUUUUUCUUGUAUGAUCAAUGUUCUAAAUGUACAGAUACUAAUGUUCUAAAUGUACAGAUACUUUUUAUCUAUAUUGAAUAUAAUGAAUAACGAGUGAUUCAUUUCGUGACAUUGAUUCGUCUCGUAACAUAACACAGUAUGUUAAUUUAGUAAAUAAAAACAAUAAGAGCACUGCGAAAGUUAUAUGUGCUUUGGCUUUACAAAUCACUUGUCGUCAAUGUAUUUCAGAUUUAUUGCAAUAUUAAAAUUAAACUUUAUAAAGUUUUUUUGGACCAGUAACGAACAUUGUUUGAAUAAUGUUUUAAUUUGCCAACAAAGAUUUUAUAAUCUUUAAUUGUUUUUUAAAUACAGUAUGUUAAUUUAGUAAAC